ACUCAGUUAUACAGUUUUUACACUAUUUAGUUGAUUAGUCACAGUUGCGGACAAAAUUUCUGUUCAUGGUAAUAUUAUAUCUGAACGUGUUAAUGAUCAUUUCAAAAAUGCCUGGAUGCAUUGCUGGUAAGAAGUGGUUCACAGAACCGAAUAUGUGUUUUUCUAAUUUACCCAAUAAGGAAAAUCAAACACUUUCUAAGAGCAAGCAUUCUGUGCGCUCUGAGUUAUCGGAUAAGGAUGAUGAUAGCUCGAUUCUACCUCGGCUGCCUGAUGAUGUUUCCAAGUAUUGCUUAGCACUUGUGCCUCAUUCGGACCUCCCGGCUAUGGCCGGUGUUUGUAAGAGAUGGAGGUGUUUCAUUCAGAGCAAAGAAUUCAUAAUGGUAAGAAAAUUGGCUGGCUUGGUUGAGGAAUGGCUUUUCCUGUUAACUGCAGAUAAAGAAGGGAAAGGAAGCCAUUGGGAGGUAAUGGAUUGUGAGGGUCAGAAUCGUCGAUCUCUUCCACCAAUGCCUGGUCCAACAAAGGCUGGAUUUGGGGUGGUGGUUGUUAAUGGGAAGCUACUUGUCAUGGCUGGCUAUUCAGUUAUUGAUGGAACUGCCACUGCCUCAGCAGAGGUUUACCAAUACAAUUCUUGUGUCAACAGUUGGAGCAGGUUAUCAAACAUGAAUGUGGCUCGAUAUGACUUUGCUUGCGCUGAGGUCAAUGGCUUGGUGUACGCUGUUGGAGGCAACGGAGUAGAUGGCGACAGCCUCUCCAGUGUGGAGGUCUAUGAUUCAGAAACUGACAAGUGGACAUUGAUUGAGAGCCUUCGUCGGCCGAGACGAGGUUGCUUCGCGUGUGGAUUCGAGGGGAAGCUCUACGUGAUGGGUGGAAGGUCGAGUUUUACAAUUGGAAACUCAAAAUUUGUUGAUGUUUACAAUCCUGAAAGGCACAGUUGGUGUGAGAUGAAAAAUGGUUGUGUCAUGGUGACUGCUCAUGCAGUACUGGGAAAGAAGCUGUUCUGUAUGGAGUGGAAGAAUCAGAGGAAGUUGGCAAUCUUCAAUUCAGAGGACAAUACAUGGAAAAUGGAGCCUCUACCUUUGACUGGGAGCUCCAGUAUCGGUUUCCGGUUCGGAAUUCUUGAUGGUAAACUCUUGCUGUUCUCACUGGAGGAGGAACCUACAUGCAAAACUUUGUUGUAUGAUCCAAAUGCAGCCCCUGGAUCGGAGUGGCAAACAAGUGAGAUCAAACCAUCUGGGUUAUGCUUGUGCAGUGUAACAGUCAAAGCAUGAAAAAAGAGACCUUGAAGUGAAUCAUGGAGAACCAUCAGUCUUGUUUAACUCUAAUUCAGGAUAAUUAUCAGAUUCUAAUUUACUACUGUUCCUUGGCUCUGUUAGUUCUAUGAUGAUGUCUUUCCCCCCUUGUGUCUAUGAUGUAUGAUGGAGUAUUUCCAUUCAUCUAGUUACCAUUGAUGGCUUCAUUUCCCAAGUCGUGUAUAACUGUAUAUUAUGAGAUGGUUAUAUACUAUAAUUUUAUA